ACAGGGACAGUCUGAAUUUAUUCUUAUAGUUAUUUCCAAUUUCAAUUGUAUUUGUAUUGUGUACCGCAGAUUUAUCCAUAUUUCACUUUAUUCGUCAAAAUUCCUAAAAAAAAUUAGAAAUUACCUAAGAAUAACGCAUUGUAUACGUUCAUGAUAUACUUAACUAUAAAAUAUUUUACAAUUGCUAAAUACCAUGUCUCAUGUCACAGAUAUAAAAGUACUUUUUUCUAGGUUGUUUUCUCUUAAAAAUGGAUUAAGUAGUUUCAGAUUUAGUAGAAGACAUUUUAGUCAAGAUUCUGAUAAAGCAAGACAAGUUACACAAUUGCCUCCAUUAUCAGAGCCUGUACCAAAUUUACCACCUAUAGUAUACUCAUCGGCAAAAUCUGAAGAUGCUCUUACUGAAGUUACAGUUUUAAGUAAUGGUUUACGGGUUGCAUCGGAAAAGAAAUUUGGACAAUUCUGUACAGCAGGAGUGGUAAUUGAUUCUGGGCCAAGAUAUGAAGUUGCAUAUCCAAGUGGUAUCUGUCAUUUUCUUGAAAAAUUAAGUUUUGGUGCCACACAUAAGUUCCCUACGAGAGAUGUGAUGCUAAGGGAAUUAGAAAGACAUGGUGGCAUAUGUGACUGUCAGGGUUCCCGUGACACAACUGUCUAUGCCACCAGCGCUGAUUCCAGA